UCCCCUGCGGAAGCCGCGCCACCCCUCCCUUGGUCGGCGCGCGGAAGCUGUGUGGGCAAAUGGCUGCAAAGAAGCAGAAAGAGAAGAGGGACCAAAGAGCCAUAGACGAAAAGAAGAGACUGGCUGUAGUCAAGAUGCAGAAAAGGGCAAGGGAUAAAAGAGCCAGAGACAGAGGGAAACUGUCAAAAGAAAGACAGGUUUCAGGGAAUAGUUCUCCCAGAACACCCUGGAUAAUUGAAAUGGUGGAGCUCAACCGGUUGUGGAGUAAGCAGGCAAAAGAUUUUGACGAACGAUAUGGGCAUCCUGAUCCAGUUACUUCAGACCGGAGUUUUGUAGAGAAGGCAUUUGGUUCUACAAAUGUGGAUUGCGAUGAUUCGUUGGCUUCCAGUAUUGUCUCGCUUGCUUUAUUCGAUGCGUUUGAGAAUAACAGAAACAGAGCUGAUAGAUUGAGGAUUAAAGUGCUCCUUCCUCGCGAAAGAAAUAUCCAUAUAGAUGGCUUCUUGGGACUAUAUGAUAAAGAUAUUGCUAUUGUCACGUGCUUCUACUGCUCAGAUCCCCGUUCUGUCAAUCUGGAUGCUCAGGUACAACAUCUGUCUGAUCAUGAUUCAGUAGUAGCUCUUGGGCGUGCCUUCAACUCGGGCACUUUGAUGUCCGUUGAGGGGCAGCGGAUUCAUGUCGUGACUACGGAUGGCUCUGAACGUGCUCUGAUCUAUAAUUGCACUAUCACAGAGGCUGGACUUGGAGGACCAGUUAUUGAUAAGGAUGGACACUUUCUGGGGUUGAACAUUGAUUGUGAUACCAAUACGAAAAGGACCUCGAUCCUACCAUGGCAGUUGCUUCGUGAACGCUUGCAAUAUUUUGAGAAGUACACCCCUAACUCUACCAAUUUCCGUGCAUAUACCUUGCCUGAAGAUUUAUUCAGCAUAGUCCCAUCAGGACAUUGGAAUACUGUCAACUAUCUGACAUCCAUGGGAUAUCCUAAGCCACCACCACUUGUGCUCGAGAUUGGUGGGAGUUUGUGUAAUAAAUUUGAAGAGAAAUUUGGUGAAUCAUAUGUUUAUAAGGGCUUAGAUUACAAUCUCUGGUGUCGUGGUACUAGGGAGGGGGUCUUCUCUAAACUUCGGAAAGAAGUCUUAACAAAUAUAUGCCGGCGUGUUGUCUUCCUUACUUCAUACAAUGGAGACAGGAGAUCCUUCGCUUGCACAGGCUAUCUUAUAAAGUGGCAUAAAAAAGGCACGCACGUUAUUCUGACCUCGGCCAGUUUGGUUAGGAGUCCCGUUGAUGAAGACAAGAUCGAUGAGAAAUUAAAGAUUGAUGUAUUUUUCCCACCGAAUCAGCACGCUACCGGGAAAUUGGAACUAUACCAUUUAGAUUAUAACAUUGCGGUAAUCAGUGUUCAGAAGCGUCUACGUGGUACUCAUCCGGAGAAUAUUUUCCACACAGAAAAGCCGCGUAAAAAGGUAGUAGCUAUAGGGUGUGAGGUUAAUGAUGGAGUAUUAAUGGGGAAAACUGGAGUAGUGGCUAAGAAGCCUUAUGACAAACCUAGCAAGCUUGACUGCAAAGACCUUGAGCUGUCUACUUGUAAAAUGAAGAAGGUACACUGA